CUGAAUGCAACAGUGACCAAUGUUGAGGGUUCUACGGGUAGCUCAGCGUCGUUGUCUAGCCAGAUACUCAUCUACAGCCAUACUCGACUUUCUUCAGCAUAAUACUCUUAGUUAUACGACAAUCCCCGAAUUGGAACCCCUACUAUCACAAUUAUCAAUCACCGACCAGACAGCACUUGUCCAGCAAUACCCAAACUUAAUUAACGUCCAGUUCCAAACCUUGCUCAAACAAGGAACAUAUCAUGACAACUUUCAAUUCAUACUCGCACACCACGCCCAACUAUAUCCUGAACUAAUCCAGGUGUACAUCUAUAAUUUGCUCGCUAGCAACUAUGUCAUGCCCGCGGUCGCUCUACUACAUAAGCUAUCCGACAGCAGCACAUUCCAACUUGCUAAUGAAAUAUGGUCGAUAUUGGUGUCAAAGGUUUGCGAAAAUCACUCCCAUUUCGGAGCAAUAUUCAUCUACCACAACCUCAUAAACAACUACAAGUACUACACAGACGAACCAAGCACAUAUGUCCGCGAAAACAACCUUGUACCCUUUCUUGUAAAUGUCGAAACUAUUGAACAAUUGGCCAUGAUAUUCACCAAUUACAAAGAUGCAGCCCGUGUUGAGGGAAUGUUUGACUACUUCACUCGAUUCUACUCGUACGCGUAUAACAAGAAAGUAUAUAAGCUGUUGCUAAUACUAUUGGUGGAAUCCUACUCCGAAAUCAACAUGUCAGCAGCAUUUACGCACUUUAAUCAAUUAAUGCUGGCUCACGACGAGAAAUCGCUGAAGAGGUUUACGGGGAAAGAAGCCUCAACCAAGGCAACUGCCAUCCAGCGGAGAGUCGUUGAUAAUGCAAAGGUACGGUUGGACAAUGUGAUGUACAAUAAGAACGUGUACACAACACUAACUGAUGCUGACAAGACUGACGAUUCGUUAAAGAAACCCUUGGACAUUCAUCAAGAACUCGUGGCGAAAUUGAAUGGUGUCGGAUUGUAUAAUCCUAUAAUUCAACGAAACGUGUAUAGUCGGGACUACCCCAAGAAAAAGCCCAUAGCAAUCUUGUCGGGAACAAUUAGUCUACUCGACUUGCCGAAGUUUCACCAUAUGAUUCACACCCAUGUUGAACAGAUAUUGAGUUCAGGCGAAGCAACUCAUAAAUUAGUCAAUAUUUGUCUCAACAACCAUGUUAACAUUACCAUGUUCGUUAUGGCUUCAUUGUGUGAUUUAAACAAAUUGGACUUGAUACUUGAACUAGUGCCACAAUUACACGCCCAGAUUAAACGUCACGAUACUCAAAAACCAAUAAUUAACAACGAAACUUUCUUGUACAUACUCACUAAAUAUCCCCAGCAUACUUUGCGUAGUCUAGAAGAACUAUACAAGUGGCAUGUUGAGAUUAAUAAGAUACCAACUGUGACCUUCCUCCACCAGUUCAUUACCAAACUUUUGCUGAUUCCUACCAUUUCAAAGUAUGAUAUAGAACAAUAUAUCAAGGCUUUUCUUAAACUUCAACCUCAUUUACAGCUCGAUCCAGUAUCAUUUGCAAAUUACACUACAAUCAAAGGCCUUGAACCAUAUAAUAAGUUCAUUUCUUGUAAAUAGUUUAUACAUUAUCCUAUAAUUUCCCUAUAUUGUAUUGUAGCAGGCUGAGUGUGGAGAAUUACAAAAAGUGUCCAAGUUAUGGCCUUGGGUCGUCCAUUUUAUGGAUUCUAACCAUAGAAUUGUUCAAGUCAGCAAUAUUGGUAAUAUCCUGGGGCGUUAUAAAAAUGGUUUGUGAUUUAGUAUAAUUCUUCAACUCGUGCAACAAUAAUUUAAUACUAAUGGUACGAUUAAUUGAAUCCAUAAACACAUCAAAUUCAUCCAACCCCUUGAUUCUUGAAUCCAUAACUCUCCAGAUGGAAAGCAAUAACGAGAUUUGACUGAAUGAUUUCUCUCCCCCACUUAAUGAUUCGACAUUACGUUUCAAAUCUUCUUUGUUGUUGGUCUUGAUCAACAUACUUAAUGUCUUGGUGUCAAAAUCAAUAUUUAAAGAACCUUGGAAACCACGUAAUGAUAAAGAGUUUUCAAAACUUUCAUUGGCUUGACUAAUAGCGGAAUUGGUAGCAAUGGUGAAACAUUUAAUACGAAUAUUCAUUUCAUCACGUAAUCUCUUGGCCGUAUUGGUCAAGUCAGAUAAUUCUUGUUCUGCUUUUUGUUUAGCACUCAAUGCUUCUUCCAACUCUUGUUGUACCUGAUCAAACGUCUUACCCAUUGCCUUUUCAACUUGUUUGAUUUGAUCAUUUAUACUUUUGUAUUCAUUAGCAAUGGAAUCAUGAGUAUCGUCAGGCGAGAAAACAACUUCUUCUCGAGCACAUUUCUCUUCAGCUUGUUUGAUCAAUUCUUCGAGUUUUUGUUUCCCUUGGGAAAUCUUUUCCUCAGUAGCUUGGAUCAAUUGCUGACGUUUAGUUUUUUCGUAUUCGUAAUGCUUUUUAGAAUCUAAAUCACUAGUCAAGUCGGCUUCAAAUGAAAUCAAUUCCUGUUGGAUCUUUUCUUUAUUGUCAACGGCAAUUUCCACUUGUUUCUUGGCCUCGAGUAGUUGUUUCUU